CCGUAGCUUUUGAACUCCAUACGCCCCAGUUUGGAAGGGGGGACUUCGCGCACACGAAAGAUAAGUUCCUUCAUUUUCUUUCCUUUGCAAAACUUGCGAUCUAUAUUUGUUUCAAACGAUCAUAGAGCCGUCUCGGAUCACAAUUUCACUGUAAUCGCGAAAUCAAGAUCCAUAAGGAGCACUAGAUUCAGAGCUUGGAGAGAUCCAUUUCUCUCCUGAUCUUGAUUAGUGCCUGGUUUUUCAAUGGCGUAUCCGGGGGCGAGGCUUCUGUUCCUGCUAUGCGCUCUUUCUUACGUUUUCACCCUCAUUUCAGCGAAAAGUUACUAUGAUGUUCUGCAAGUGCCGAAAGGUGCCUCUGACGACCAGAUUAAGAGAGCGUAUAGAAAGCUGGCAUUGAAGUAUCACCCCGAUAAGAACCAGGGUAACGAAGAGGCCAACAAGCGUUUCGCCGAGAUUAACAAUGCAUAUGAGGUGUUAUCGGAUAGCGAGAAGAGGGGUAUAUAUGAUAGGUACGGAGAAGAGGGACUCAAACAGCAUGCAGCAAAUGGGGGUAGAGGUGGAGGAAUGGGUAUUAACAUUCAAGAUAUUUUUGGCCAGUUCUUUGGUACAGGCUCAAUGGAAGAGGAAGAGAAGGUGGUGAAGGGUGAUGAUGUGAUUGUUGAACUAGAUGCAACACUGGAAGAUUUAUACAUGGGGGGUUCACUGAAGGUUUGGAGGGAGAAAAAUGUACUCAAGCCAGCCCCCGGCAAAAGAAAAUGUAACUGCAGGAAUGAGGUCUAUCACAGGCAAAUUGGUCCUGGAAUGUUCCAGCAGAUGACAGAGCAGGUUUGCGAGCAAUGCCAAAAUGUUAAAUAUGUAAGGGAAGGAGAUUUCAUUACAGUUGAUAUUGAGAAAGGAAUGCAAGAUGGACAGGAAGUGGUUUUCUAUGAAGAAGGAGAACCUAUAAUAGAUGGUGAACCUGGAGACCUAAAGUUCCGAAUUCGCACCGCACCUCAUGAUCGCUUCAGAAGGGAAGACAAUGAUUUACACACAACAGUCACCAUAACAUUGGUUCAAGCUCUUGUUGGUUUUGAGAAGACCAUCAAACACCUAGAUGAUCAUUUAGUAGAUAUCAGCUCCAAGGGAAUUACCAAACCGAAGGAAGUGAGGAAGUUUAAAGGAGAAGGUAUGCCAUUGCACUUCAGCACAAAGAAAGGAGAUCUCUAUGUUACAUAUGAAGUUCUUUUCCCCACAUCUCUGACGGAGGAACAGAAGUCAAAGAUCAAAGCAGUGCUUGGCUAGGAUGUAAGGUUCUAAGUCUUUUGUUUUUUUUUUCUUAUGGGCUGGAUCCAAAGAAGUUCCAACUGUAACAUGAUCAGGUUACAUAGAAAAUCAGGCAGUUUAGGAUUCCUUUCUCUUCUAGAUCCUCUUAAAUUUUGCCCAUUCAUUAACAGAAUGUAGUCAAACUGCCUAAAAGUAUCUGCUGUAUAACACUCUGCUAGGUCUUGCCGAUGGAGGAACCUUCUGCUUUUUCUCUUUUUGGCUGCUAAAGAUAAGCUAAUAUAUGUUAUGGUGAUUUGUUCAGAAAUCAGGAUGAAACAUGUAGAUGAAAUUGAAAUUCCAUAUGAACUCUAAUUUUUGGUAA